GCCGAUCAGACCAGAAACAAUUUCGUUGCUCGUCGGCAUCACAAGCCAUGGAUUCGUCCUCAAAGACUUUAAAGUACGAUUGGCUGCUAAUUAUUCUUUUAGUUCUUACAGCGGUUCCAACUGGUUCUUCUGCAACUCCAGUUGCGCAAAAAAAUGCUCGAAAACUUUCUCAAUUCGAAGUGAGCGCCAGCCUAUCAGUCAAUACUACCGCUAUCAUAGUUGCCAACAACGCUGUAGCUACAAAAGAUGCUGUCGAAGAAGAUUUCAUGACUCAAUUGAGCGUACACAUGGACUGGGAACAUUUGCUGUCACCUGCUCCUCUCAGCAUCGGACUUUUAGGCGAUCUCAUCAUCAUGUCGUCACAGGCUAACGAUUUUGCGAUCGACAGCGAACUGCCAAGGAGCGGUGGCAUCAAGUACGUCAAAUACCCCAAGAGCUUCCGCGCCACUUUGGUUCAAAUCGCCAACGGAGGCCACCGCGCUUUCAUGGUGGCCCACAACAACAUGGACAAAAUCAAACUGUCGACGGCAGACGUUCCAGUCUACAUGAAAGAAGCCACCCGAAUUCUGGUGACGGGCGACGAAGAGCUGGUUCAGGACUACCUUCCGGCGCCAUUAAGUCGCAUCCGGGAAUCGGCCGUUCAGAGCGUCCUGCUGUCCAAAGCGGUCGUCUACCAAUUCGAGCACGUCAUGAAUUUGACGACUGAAGUACUUGAAAUGUGUACCAGCGAAAAGAGCCAGCAAGAGAUGAAUCUAAGGAAAAAUCUGGAUCGGGAGAAGAUUCUCAACAUCACCAUUCCGUCGUACCAGCAAAUGGUAGCCAACCUGAACGAGACGGUGAUGAAGGAUACGGCGAUGAUGGAUCGGGCCGAAGACGAUAUGCGUCGCGCUCUGAAAGAAAUACCAACAGGCUGGCAAAUGAUCGGCAUGGAUUUCGUCCAGAGUGUGGCCAAUAUGGCGACCUCGUUCUUUACAGGAUUGGGAAGGAUUGCCAAUCCUGUCUCCUUUAUUAGUGACAUUAAAAAGGCCGUUUCUUCGCCAAGUCAGGGCAGCAACUCAGAGUCGAGUUCCAGCGAUAAUUCUACUUCCGGCGCCCAAGUUCCUGAUACGAAUUUGUGCCUCUUGCAGCACCGCAAACAAGUCUUGGAUAUUUCUGGUUUUGCCAGAAAUAUGCGUCAAACCUACACGACCCUACAAUCCAUCGACUCGGCUAAAGGAAUAUACAAAGCCACUGCCGACUUGAAAACAUUGAACAAUCUGCUGUCGGAUGAAGUCAGCGAAUGUCAGCCCAUCGUCACCGCCAUUGAAGAGGCCAAGUCCGUCGCCAAUCAACUAGCACACCUGGCCAAACUGAAAAAGUCAGAGAACGUCACGGAUGAAGAUUUCGCCCAAGAACGAGAAUCUUCCUUCGAAGACUUGGAGGAACAAAUGAAAAGCUUGCAAAUUUAUGCCAAAAACUUGCACACCUUUUUAAUGUCAAAUCAGCAGGCCGUCCCCAACAAAACACCGCUAUUGUCCAGAGCUCAGCAGGCCAAUUCUGGUGGCACAGCCAGCCAACAACAGCUGGCCGAUUGCCGCUAUCGGGCCGACAUGGCUCAGGCCACUCUUCAGCAGACCCGUGAAUCACUCGACAAGACCCGCGCAUUAAUGAUCGAACAAAAUAAAGAAUUCAUCAAAUUGCUGACGGAACAGCAGAGUUUGAAAUUAGACCAGGUUCGCUACGACGAAAUCAUCGCCGCCCUGCAGGAAGGUCUCAGGACAUUGGGUGUAUUGAAAGAGCAUUGGACCAAAUUGGUCAUGUUCUUCCAAAAGAUUGCCAACAUUGUCGAGUAUGUCGCAGCCAAGAGCAUUGAAGAUUUCGCCAAUCACAUUGAGACUACCAGUCAGAAGCUCAAGCACGUCCACAAAGAAUUCGUCAUCGAUGCCAUCUAUUCCAAAGCUUUGAAAGCUACUCAGGCUACCGCUUUGGUGCACAAUAUGGCCACCACUUACCUGGAUGUGUCUGGUAAAUAUAUCAUGCCCAGCGUAGCUAUUCUCAGUCGACUUAACGCCAUCGAUCCGAGAACGGCUAAUGAUGAGCGUGCCAACUUAUUGGCCAAGUGCCAAGAGGAUUCGCAGAAUAUCGUCGAUCUCAUUAUUGUGGAAAAGGAAAAAGUCAUCCGGAAAGUCGAAGCCCGUGAAGCGCAAAUCAAGAAGGAGUACGCCUUCCUCGACGACAUAAGAUCCAAGCAAAUUGAAUUUCUACGGCAGAAAACGCAAACUGAAAUGCAACAGCAAGUUAAAAGAGGUAAAUUGAAUCAAAACCAAUUGUCGGCCGCAGUGGAACAGACACUCGUCAAAAGGAUUGAAGACGACGAAUUCUUGAGAGAAAAUCACGUUUUCAAUUAUCAAGUAAACUCGGAAGAAGUUGAAGCUGAAGAAUUUUAAAUUUUAUUAAUGUUUUUAAACGGUGUUGUUGCCUACAACUCAAAUCAAACGGGAAUAGACAAUACAAGUUAGUUACACAGCAA